AUGCAAGAAAAAAAAGAAGAAAAAAGCCUCGACCCGCCCCCUUUUCAUUCCCAUGGAUCGUGUUACUAGAGGCUCCUCGACAUCUGCUGCACCAGCUAACAACAGUGCGCGCUCCCGCGUCUCGAACCCGCGCCUCCGGCACCUUCUGCCCUCUUCACAGGACCACUGAGCUCUAUUUUGUGUGUGUGCGAGAGAUCAUGUGGCGCUCCUGUGCAUGUGCCCUACACGUUUCCCAGCUUUAGCUCUCCUUGCUGACGGAAGACGCGCCUCCAUCCAGUAGUCUGGUGCGCCUGACCGAACCCGAGACCGGUGCCUUGGAACGGAACACCAAGUGCUGCUGGCUGCAGGUUUUGCCGGUUUGCGUCCUCUGUUUGGUGGGCAACUAAAGACGGAUGCGCGCAGCAGAGGUGUCUGAUGUUUGAAAAGGCUGUCGAUAGUAUUUUUUUAUUUUAAUUUCUGAAAGCAUGGAGUCUGCGGAGAAGGAGUGUGGGGCGUUGGGUGGUUUGUUCCAGGCUAUUGUCAACGACAUGAAGAGCUCGUACCCAGUGUGGGAAGACUUUAGUGCCAAGGCUACAAAACUGCAUUCUCAACUCAGGACAACAAUUCUGGCAGCUGUGGCCUUUUUAGAUGCUUUUCAGAAAGUGGCGGACAUGGCUACCAACUCAAGAGGUGCCACCAGGGAUAUUGGCUCUGCUUUGACCAGGAUGUGCAUGCGACACCGCAGCAUUGAGGCCAAAUUACGCCACUUUACUAAUUCUCUAAUGGAAGGCCUGGUCACGCCACUUCAGGACAGAAUAGAAGAAUGGAAGAAGACUGCCAAUCAGAUGGACAAGGACCAUGCCAAAGAAUACAAGCGGUCUCGCCAAGAAAUCAAACGGAAGUCAUUAGAUACCAUCAAACUUCAGAAAAAGGCAAGAAAAGGGCGAGGAAACCUGCGCCCACAGCUCGACAGCGCCAUGCAGGAUGUCAGCGACCUCUACUUGCUGAUGGAAGAGACGGAGAAGCAGGCUGUGCGCAGAGCACUUUUGGAAGAGAGAGGGCGCUAUUGUGCCUUCAUUAACUUGCUGCAGCCUGUCGUGAAUGUUGAGAUUGCCAUGUUGGGUGAGACGACACACUUACAAGCCAUCGUUGAUGACCUUACACUGCUAACUGAAGACCCGCACAAACUUCCUGCAGCCAGUGAGCAGGUGAUCCGGGACCUCAAAGGUUCUGAUUUUACCUGGUCCUAUCAAACACCUCCUUCCUCCCCCAGCAGUGUCAGCUCCAGGAAGAGCAGCAUGUGCAGUCUCCUCCAGAUGCCCUCAGCAGGGGCCCAUCGACUCAGCAGCGUCUCCUCUCAUGACUCAGGAUUUGUCUCCCAGGAUGCCAACACCCACUCUAUGCCUCCUUCUCCCAUGCCCUCUGACAUCACCAGCCAGAAAUCAACAAGCUCAGCCUCCUCUGAGGCUUCAGAAACCUGCCAGUCUGUCAGCGAGUGCAACUCCCCCACUGCGUUUGGCUCAUGCUCAUCCUUCGGCACCUUCCGCCCUGCUUUCUCUCACACUGGCACCAUCAGGCCUCUGUCUGUCAUACUUCCUGCGUCCCCCACAUCUAACCACUCCCCCGGAUCCAACACCCAUUCACCCACAUCAAAGAUUCCUAGCUGGAAGGAAUGGGCCAAAUCAAACCAGUGUGAGCCAUCAUUUGUCAGCACUUUGCAGCGAAGAAGAGAGUCUCUUGAUAAAAUAAGAGACACGGAAGCUCCGCCCAGUCCAAAGGGGCAUUCUGGGAUCCAAGGAGAGGAUGCACACCGAGCAAGAAUUGGCCCAGGAAUGAUAACAGCUAAGCAUGGGGAGCCUUUGUCACCAGCAGCUACUACUCUGGCAAUGGUACUGACCAGAGGCCUAAGCAUGGAACAGCAGAAAAGCAGCAGAGACUCACUGCAAUAUUCCAGUGGCUACAGCACACAGACCAACACUCCCUCGUGCUCUGAGGACACAAUCCCCUCACAAGGUUCCGAUUAUGAGUGCUACUCUCUUAAUGGGGACGCUGACACUGAGGCACAAAGAGAGUUUGACAAGUCUUCCACCAUCCCGCGCCACAGUAAUAUCGCCCAAAGCUACCGCCGCAUGAUUCAAACCAAAAGGCCCGCCAGCACAGCAGGCCUUCCCGCAGGAAAGAGCCUACAGGGUGCUUCCAACGGUGCCGGGGUUGGCUCUGGAACAGCGACUAUUCGGCGGACACCAUCCUCCAAGACUGGGGUGAGACGCACACCUUCCACAUCUGGCCCCAUUCCAAUACGACCUCCCAUUGUGCCAGUGAAAACCCCCACUGUGCCUGACUCGACGGGGUACGCCAUCCCAUCCCAGCAUGGCGCAAGUAGUGAGGAGAUACUCUACGCAGAUGAUCCAUAUGCUUGUGAAUACAUGAAGUUUUCUCCUCAGCAAAGGAGGCUCUCUGAUAAAGUGUGGGCUUGUGAAAGUGCAGACAGGACUUCUUACACCCAACAGGCCCAAGGCAUGGCCGCCCAUAAUGCUGAGGAGGACUCAAUGCUGGCCGCCAAUCGCCAUAGUCUGGUGGAGAAGAUAGGAGAGCUAGCGGCCAGCGCCCAUGCGCUCGGCGAGGGUCAGUUCCCCUUUCCCAGCUCGUCAUUAGCGGAUUCAAAUCAGUGUGAACUCCAGGAACCAUCCUCUGAGGCCCAAGGAGGUGUGGACAUGUUGGUUACUAUACGUCGGGGUGUCAAGCUGCGCAAGACAGUCACUGAUGAUAGGUCAGCCCCAAGGAUCCUGCGGUAGCUAAAGAAAGAGUUAUUCAGAAGAAAUAAAACAGCACUCAUGUAAUACACAAAUUAAGGCAAAAAAUACAGGGGGUGGAAUAUGCGAGUGAGGAUCAUUUACAAUGACUGAGUCUUCAUCAUCAAUCAUUUCAUGUCAUGUGCGUGUUACGUACAUAUAAAAAGUAGUCGCUAUAUUUUUGUUUGAUUUGUUAUUUGACUCUGCUCCCCCCUUUCCCUCUUCCACUUUUUUUCCCCUCAUGCUUUGUUUAUCACAAAUCUUUACUGAAGCAUGAAAGCUCUGUGUCUCUGUUUCCUCUUGCUUUUAUGAUUAAUCUAAAAUUCUUUUCUUCUGCAACAAUGCACCCGUCAUUGGAAAGUGAUGGUUGAAGGGCUCUGUGAGCCUCUCCGUGUGUCGUGUUUCCCAUCUUUACUGUACAAGCACUAAUAUUACUGUUAUGUUUCAUAAGCUGAGCAGCAGCUGUGUGAUUCAUGUAUGGUAGGAGCAAUAUGACAGCAUUUUUAUCGCUGUACUGUACUGUCAAUAUAUUCUGCUAUUAAACAAGCCUUUUGCUGUUAA